UAUCGGCCUUUUGAAGUAAAUCGACGUCGGAACCCUAACCCGACAGAGGGAGGUUUUAUCGGGGAAAACUUCGUAGAACAAAAUCAUGGAGGAGACGACGGGCCGCGCCGCUGCUUCCGGCGGUGGAGUCGGGGUUUCGCUCAAGGAUCAGGGCAAUGAGUUUUUCAAAGCCGGGAACUACCUCAAGGCCGCCGCACUCUACACGCAGGCCAUCAAACUUGAUCCCUCAAACCCAACUUUAUUUAGCAAUCGGGCUGCAGCAUUCCUUCAAUUGGUGAAGCUCAACAAAGCACUUGCAGAUGCAAAUACUGCAAUUACUCUCAACCCUCAGUGGGAUAAGGGUUAUUUCAGAAAAGGGUGUGUUCUCGAAGCUAUGGAGCGCUAUGACGAUGCUGUUGCUGCAUUCCGAGAAGCUUUGUUGUACAAUAAACAGAGCUUAGAAGUUUCUAAAAAGAUUAAGAAGCUCACUCAAUUAGCAAAGGACAAGAAAAGGACUCAAGAACUAGAGAACAUCAGGUCUAAUGUUGACAUGAGAAAGUAUUUUGAGCCCUUUAAAUCUGAACUGGAUGCGAAGUUUGGCGGCACAGGAAAUGAUGAGGCAUUUUCUUUUUUUGUCAAUUUAAUGGAAUCUGCUAUAAAAGUUUGGCAUGAGACAGGUAAGGUAGAUCCGAAAGUAUAUUUUCUUCUUGAGAAAGAGAAGACGCCGGUUGAUAAAUAUGCCCCUAUGGUCAAUAUUGAUAAGGCAUUCGAGUCACCUCACACACAUAGCGACUGCUUUUCUUUUUUGAGGCAGUAUGCUGAGGAGUCAUUUUCGAAGGCUGCUUGCUUGGUAGCGCCCAAGAGCAUCAUAGCAUAUCCACAGGUAUGGAAAGGUCAGGGUUCAAGAAAAUGGAAGCAUGGGAAUGCUGAUGGAUUCUUUGUACAGUUUGAGUCUCCUGUUUUACGUAAACUAUGGUUUGUUCCCAGUUCAGCAGAGAAGGGCCAAACAUUCUGCAGGGAUCCUGAGGUCUUGGAUAUUGAUUUGCAUGAGGUGCUUCCCCGUUUAUUUAAGGAGUCUACAACUCAUUCUUAAAUCAUAUUCUGUAAGUUUGUUUAGUUUAGGUUGAGGAUUCUAACAUUCUAACUCUUUUGUGCCAAUUUUGUUAGCUAUUAUUAUUUUUUAUACUUUAAUUUGAGUUUUUUCU